AUGUGUCUUGGGAUCCCAGCUGCACGCGAUGUUGGCGUGAUUCGUGAGAUAAUGGCUUCGAAUCGGAGUAGGCGAGUGCCCGAUGCGUUCGCGCAUCUGCCGACCCACGUGCCGCCCCCGCCCGCGCAAGCACAUCCGUCACUGUGUCACAAAAGCACUGCGAAUAACUCGAUCCAAUCGGCUAAGUCGUACACAAGUUUUGCAAAAAAAGUUGUCUCGGAAGCGGCGUUGGGCGCUAACUCGACGUGCGUAACGCAGAAACGCCGACGAGUGACUGAAGCCGGGGCCGGCGUGCGACGUUGUCGAGUGACGCUUACCCCCUCCACCUUGGUCGGGUUGCAACGGGUCGGGCGAUCGCGCGGCCGCCUAGAUCGAAGCCACCUUCGCGAGUUCGUGCGAGAUGCGAGAUUCCUUCUCGUUACAAAGCGGCGAUUUGGUCCGAGUGGGUCGCGGUUUGACCGGGUGCGUCGACACGCCGGCGUGGGCGCCAGAGCCCACUGCCAGUGCGAUAAUGCAAUAAGCGGGAAAGGUCGAACGCCCGACCACCGCGCUCACGGCUACUGGAAGGGGCAUCAGAAUCAGGAGCUCUCAAAUAAGAGCGUCGUUAAGAAGUCGCGA